AUGGGAAGUUCUUUACCCCCUCUGGUCCCUGUUCAACUUCCAUCUCCAACGGAAACCCAUUUAUGGUAUCUUUUACCCAAUGAAGUGAAGAGGAAACCCCUGAUAGAUCAAUAUUUAGAAUUUCUAUCACCAUGUGAGAAAGAAUAUGUUUUUAGCAUGCGUGGAGAGGAGCUGAGGAAACGAGCUCUGCUUGCACGUGCUUUGACAAAUCCUGAAGUUAAUCCCAGAUCCUUGAAGUUUAGGAAAAACAUCCAUGGAAAGCCUGAGGUAGACUGGCAGCAUAGUGAUGAUUGGAACCCACCACCAAUGAAUUUCAAUUUGUCACACACUUCUUCAUUGAUAGCCUGUGGAGUGACCCUGGAUUCUCAAAUUGGUAUUGAUGUGGAAGAAAAGCAAUGGAAAACAAAGAACAAUAUCUUGGCUUUUGCCUGGCGAUAUUUCUCUCGCUAUGAAGUGGAACUCUUAACUGCUAUUUCAGACCUGGAGGUUCAGUGCCAGGAGUUCAUAAUAUUAUGGACCCUCAAGGAAGCAUACGUCAAAGCACUGGGAAGAGGCUUCUCAGGCUCCCCUUUCAAGAUCUUUACUAUUCAGUUUAGGGCUACCGUGACCGGGAACUUGCAUCCUUCUGGUAAUAUAAAAUCUAAGUGACUAUUGGUGGAUCGGGCAACUGGUCUGUUCAGUUCCAGGUUGGUGUGCCUGACUUGUCAUUGCCACGAUAGAAGUGAAGACUUGUGAGCACUAAGGAGAUGAGCUCCAUUAUUUGACAGCAGACAGUGGGAAUGGGUUCUAUUGCUUCAUUGACAUAAAGUGUUUAGCACUAACUCAACAUUCAAUGCUUCAAAUUGCUUUUAACAUACUUCUUUUCUGCCUCUGAAAUAGUUGUCGAGUCUUUUGAUGACCCUACCAUCCUUGCAAGCAAUUGGCAGUUUGCACUGUUGGAAUUGCCAGGUUUUCAUUAUGCUGCCAUUUGCACGGAAAUGGAUGGUACCCUUGGUAAAUGCAAGGCUCCAACCAAAAUGACGGUUUGGAAGACUAUUCCGCUUCUUGAAGACAAAUGCGUUUCUGGAACUGAUGCAAUUGUAGCAAUCGGUGGCUUAACCUAAUCAGUUACUGUCUUAUCAUAUUAUUGGGGAUGAUGACUCUGCGGUACUGGGUCUACAAUAUUAUACUAUAUUCAAGCAAUAGAAAUGGUACAAUUUUUGUGCUUAACAGAGCAAUGUGCUGCUUUCAACUGUUUGUUGAUUUGCAUACCAAUAUUGUAGAUAAUGCGAAUAUUUAAUGUUUAUGCUAUUUCUACCUUUGAAUGUAUCAAGUUUGCAUACUUUGGGAUGUAAAAGGGACCAUUUGGUUUUGCCCCCAACCCUCUUGGAUUCAUACUUUUAAUCAUUGUUCAAUUCGCGGAUACAAUUAUAGAUGAUGUUAUCGUAUUGUACUUGUCAUCAAGGGCAAGACUUACCGGUUACUGAAAAUUAAU